CUCACCUCUCCUUGCUUGACCCUCACAUCCAUAAUCCUCCAAAAUGAAGCAAGCACCACUUGUCAUUUCCACUCUUGUGUUCUUCCUCACAGCACUUCUUUCCUUCACUGCCAAUGGCCAUAACAUCACUCUCAUACUUGCCCAACACCCUGAAUUCUCCACCUUUAACCACUACCUCACCGCCACACACCUAGCCGGAGAAAUCAACCGCCGCCGCACCAUCACCGUCCUUGCCAUAGACAAUGGCGCCAUGUCAUCUCUCUUAGACAAACACCUCUCUAUCUACACCUUAAAAAAUGUCCUCUCCCUCCAUGUAUUAGUGGAUUACUUCGGUACCACAAAACUUCACCAAAUCACAAACAGAACCACUCUUGUUUCCUCUAUGUUUCAGGCAACAGGUGUAGCUGCUGGAACCUCAGGUUACGUGAACAUCACAAACCUUAAAGGAGGGAAAGUUGGGUUUGGCGCAGAAGACAACGAUGGACAACUCCAUUCAUUCUAUGUCAAAUCUGUUAAAGAAAUUUCAUAUGAUAUAUCUGUCCUUCAAAUUAGUCAAGCUUUGAGUUCAGCUGAUGCUGAAGCACCAACUGCUGCACCCAGCGCAAUCGACCUAAUAUCAAUCAUGUCAAAACAAGGUUGUCAAGCUUUUGCAGAUUUGUUGAGAGCUUCAAAAGCUCUUCCUACGUUUAAUGAAAACGUUGAUGGGGGUUUAACCGUUUUUUGUCCAACUGACAAAGCCGUCAACGGUUUCGCCCCCAAGUACAAGAAUCUCACGGAUGCUCAGAAGGUGUCAUUGUUGUUAUAUCAUGGUGUUCCUGUUUACCAGUCCUUACAGAUGUUGAAAUCAAAUAAUGGGGUAAUGAAUACUUUGGCUACUGAAGGAGCCAACAAGUACGAUUUCACAGUGCAAAAUGAUGGGGAAGAUGUGAAACUUGAAACAAAAGUUGACACAGCAAACAUUGUUGGGACAUUGAUAGACCAAGACCCUUUUGUGACUUAUAAGGUUGACAAGGUUUUGAUGCCUAGAGAGUUGUUUAAGGGGACAGUAGAAGCAGCACCUGCAGAGUCACCUAAGCCAGCAAAGAAGAAGAAGGGGAAAACAGCUGAUGCACCAGCAGAUGGGCCAGGAGCAGCCGCAGAUGAUCAGAAAGCUGCUGAUGAUAAUAGUGGGGUAAGUGGAUUGAACAAUGGCUUCAGAUUCAUCAUGGUGUUGUUGAGUUUGUUUAUUGGGGUUUUGGUUCUUUAAUUGCUUGCAAUUUGCAUACCAUGAAGUGAAGAUCCAAUGGUGUGUCGGUAUACAGCUAUGGUCAAUGUUUAUGUUAGAUAUUCUUUUCUUUUCCUUUGAUAUUAUUUGUGAAGGAAAUAAAACGGUGACACCGACAAGUUUGAGGCACUGUCCUUUUUUUAUUUUUUUCUGAAUUAUUGAAUUGGCCUUUUUUAUUAUUAUUUUUUCCAGUGUGGGUAGAUCCAGUUUGUGCUAGCUGCCAGCUGGGAUGUAUGCAUAUAAACAAUUUUAAAUUGAAUAGAUUUUUA